GCCAGUGCCCCUCGACGACUUUGGGCGUCGUCGGAGUCGCACCCUGGGCGCUGCCAGCUUACCAGAGCUUACCCACUGGCUACCAAUCACGGCGCAGGAAAAGGAGCGCAGACAGGCACACACUCAGGAAGAGUAUCAUGUGAGAGGAUUAUGGCAGCAGGACUUGGUCCAUGAAACGCAGUCGCCAGAGCCCCGAUCAUCCUUCCCAGUAUAGUACUACUAGCGCGAUGGGAACACCGUCCUAUCUGACGCGGGUAGGCGAGCGGGCGGGGCAUCCUCGCCCCCAGACUGGGGCGUGCGGGGGAAGAGGAGGAUCCCCACGAACAGUUGCAGGCUUUGUGGGGUAGAUUGACGCUGCGCCGGACGGCAGAACAGGAAACAGACAAAAAAUUUACGGGCAAGGAAACAGGCAGAGAACUGCCUGAGCGCUCGUAGGCGCUCGCCUACCGGCAAACUAGAUCUCGCUGAUGCAGGGAGGCGGGAUCCGCAUGGAUCCUCGUUCCUCGUUGGACGAGGGCUCCUGUUCUCCUUCCCAACUGGAUCACUCUCGAUUUGCCUAUAAAAUGGUCGUGUCGCGCCCCCCGUUUCCCCGUGGUCGUUCUUCCCCACUCUCCUCGUUCCACCUGCUAACGCGUUCUCUUCCCCACACCCUAACGCGUCUUCAAUCACAAUGCCAGGUGGUCCGGUAGCUGCAGGCGGGGGCAUCAAUGCCUCCGGCUCCAAGAACAAGUUGGCGGGCAUCGCCAUGACCGCCUUCGCCGCCUUCGGUGGUAUCCUCUUCGGUUACGACACCGGUACGAUCGCUGGUAUCAAACAGAUGCCCGACUGGCUCCGCAAGUUCGGCGUCCACACCACCGACACUACCACCUACCCUCUCGGUUACUACCUGCCCUCGUCGCGCGAGUCGCUGGUAGUCUCCAUCCUCUCUGCUGGGACCUUCUUUGGUGCCCUUCUCGGUGCCCCAGUGGCCGAUAUCCUGGGUCGUCGGAUUGGUAUCAUGGUCUCCUGCUUGGUCUUCUCCCUUGGCGUUGCCCUCCAGACCGGUUCCAACAAUCUCGCCACAUUCGUAGUCGGCCGUGUCUUCGCCGGCGGAGGUGUCGGUUUGGUCUCCACCCUCAUCCCCAUGUACCAGUCCGAGUGUUCGCCCAAGUGGAUCCGUGGUGCUGUUGUUGCCGGUUACCAAUGGGCGAUCACUAUCGGUCUCCUGCUUGCCUCCGUCAUCAACAACGCGACCAAGAACCGCCCAAACCACUCUGCGUGGCAGAUCCCCAUCUCCAUCCAAUUCAUUUGGGCCUUCAUCCUCACCCUCGGCAUGUUCUACCUCCCCGAGUCGCCCCGUUGGCUUAUCAAAAAGGGUAGGGACGAGGCUGCUGCUCGUGCCCUCUCUCGCCUCACGUCGCUCCCUCCUGACGACCCAGAGGUCGAGACGGAGCUGAACGACAUCCGCGCUGCCCUUGCUGAAGAACAGAAGCUCGGCGACAGCACGUACAUCGACUGCUUCAGGUUCUCGGACAACAAGAUCUUCCUCCGUACCAUGUCUGGUAUCCUUAUCCAAGCGUGGCAGCAGCUCACUGGCAUCAACUUCAUCUUCUACUAUGGCACGACCUUCUUCCAGAACUCCGGCAUCAAGAACCCCUUCCUGAUCUCGGUCGCGACCAACAUCGUCAACUGCUUCAUGACCCUGCCGGGUAUGUGGGGCAUCGAGAGGUUCGGUCGCCGCUCCCUCCUCCUCUAUGGUGCCGUCGUCAUGUGCAUCUGCGAGUUUAUCGUCGCGAUCGUCGGCGUCACCAUCUCCGUCGAAAACCAGUCCGGCCAGCAGGCGCUCAUCGCGCUCGUCUGCAUCUACAUCGCCGCCUUCGCCUCCACAUGGGGCCCCAUCGCCUGGGUCAUCUGCGGCGAGAUCUUCCCGCUCAACAUCCGCGCCAAGGCGAUGUCGCUCUCCGCCGCGUCGAACUGGCUCUGGAAUUUCGGCAUCGGCUACGCCACGCCUUACCUCGUCAACAGCGGCCCCGGCAACGCCGACCUCGGUGUCAAGGUGUUCUUCAUCUGGGGCUCGACGUGUGCGGGCUGCGUGAUCUUCACCUACUUCUGCAUCCCCGAGACCAAGGGCCUGUCGCUCGAGCAGGUCGACCUUCUCUACCAGAACUCGACGCCCAUCACGUCCGUGCGCUACCGCGAGGAGAUCAUCGCUCAGGACGUGCACGUCUCGGACAUCAAGCAGGAGGCCGAGCACCACGACGAGGUCGAGAAGGUCUAAGCGCCUUUCCUCCAUGGGUCAGUUUGCGAGGAUAUGUGGCAAUGUCCUCGCGUGUAAUGUUAGAAAGCGUGAGCUUCGUUCAUCGCUCUCAUCGUCAUGAGUUAUGUAAUGCCUUGCAUCUGCAUCGUGCAUCGUCAUCAGUGUUAUUCAUACUUGCCCUCAUUCACGCGUAUUGACGUCUCUUAAUGGCACUUACGUUCUAGUACUAUAUCCUCUAGUACGGAUACCUGUUCAUGUACUGUAGUCCCAAAAUUACAGCAAUCUUUCGCUG